AUGAGUGAUUCCAUUUCCAAUGCUCAUUCUGAUUUUGAUCUCAGUCCAUUAACCACCAUCUCUACCAAUAAUCAACAACAUGAUCAACAACAAUCCUCCAAUUCGUUCUUAUCAAAUUUCAUUUCAUCCUAUCAUUCUCUAUUACUUUCUAUACAAUAUACAUUACAAUACUUUUUAGCAAGUAUUUUACUCACUCUCUUUAUUAAAUAUACAGUCUCGUAUAGUGGAUUGAGAUAUCCGUUAAUGUUUUUGAGUUUACAAAUGUUUGUCAAUUGUUUCAUUUGUGGAGUGAUUUCAUGGUUUUUGAUUAAGAAACGAUUGGAGAGUGUGGUUUAUUCGAAAAGAAACAUCUCAACCCAUUCGAUUCAUAAAACGAUCAUACCCAAUUGGAGAGAAAUAUUUGGACACUUAUUUAAUUGGAAAACAUUUAAAACUUUGGCUCCGUUUGGAGUGUUGACAGGAUUUGAUUUUGGAUGUUCGACAUUGAGUUUGAAAUACAUUACCGUGUCAUUGUAUACCAUGUUAAAGUCAUCCAUUCCAGUAUUUGUAAUGAUCAUUUCGUUUAUUUUCAAAUUAGAAAAGGUGAAAUUGAUACUCAUCGCAUCGAUUGUGUUAAUUUCAGUUGGAAUUGGAAUGACUUCGAGAGGUUCUAUACAUUUUGAUAUUUUUGGAUUUAUUUUGGUAAUUGUAGCUGUGAUAUUUGCUGCCAUUCGUUUGGUAUUUGCUCAAUAUAUUUUACAUCAUAAUAAUACUCAAGUUCUGUAUACGAGAUUGAGUAGUGACGAAGUUGGAAAUGAAAAUAACCAACAAGAAGAAAAUUCAGAUGAAGAACACGAAACAGAAGGAAACACAUUGCUGUUAGAAAGUAACAAUCAACCACUUCAAGAAUCAAACGCUCAAGAAUCAAACACACCCAUCAAUGCCACUAUUCAUUCUGAAGAAGAGCAACAUUUGGAAUACUUUUAUGCCAAAGAUAGUGGAGAAGAAUUUAGAGCUUCAAAAAUUGAAAUUUCCUCCGUUCAAGUCUUUUUCUACUCGAGUCCUGUCAUUGGAUUGACCGUUCUACCAUUUGCACUCAUUUUGGAAGGUUGGAGAAUUUUGUAUGAUUUUGUGAACAUUACACAAACUCCCAAUACUGUUGUUGUUGACACCAACACUUCCAUUCAAUAUCUUCGAUUCAUGUUUAUUUUGAAAUUUAUUGGAAUGAUCAUCUUUGGCUCGUUUUUGGGAGUUAUUUUGAAUGUUUCAGAAUUUUUAUUGAUCAAACAAACCUCAAGUCUCACUCUCACAGUGGUGUCGAUCUUUAAGGAAUUACUAUUAAUUAUGAUCAGUGUGAUGGUAUUUGGAGAUCGUAUUGGAAUAUUAGGUGUGAUUGGUUAUGGAAUUACAUUAAUUGGAAUUGUGAUUUACAAGUUCCAAAGAUUGGCUGAGAUGAGAGCUGGUGUCUCAUCGUCCAGUGAUAACAAUGAUAAUCAUUAA